CGAGAAGUUGGCGAGAGAGAUCGGCGCUCGCGCUCGUGCUUGAAAGCGCUUAACAAGAAAGAGAAAGAGCGAGAGUGAGUGAGGAAGAGAAAAAGCCACAAAAGAGGUUCACUUUCUCGAGUUGUGUGAUGUUUUCGUUCCGAUCCGUUCCGGACUGAUCCCAGAAAGUGCAGUGAAAACGGAAGCUCAGAACCUGAAUAACUGAAGAAAAGGAAUCAUCGUCCCACACACUUCCUCCGCACCGUCGCACGUAUUAUGCCAAAGGAGAAAGGAGCCGCUUCGCUUGCGUUAUCGCCGUGCCGUGUUAUCCGUUUUUCUGUUGUUCCGUUUUGAAGGUUCUCCGUAGUUCGCUGCUAAUUACUUUGGUGACCACCGCCACAGAGUUCAGAGUUUAAAACGGGCGGUCGUAGAAAGUAGAGUCAAGAUCAGGUCGUCCCACUGCGUGUGUGUGUGUGUGUGUGUGAAGCGUACUGUGGAACGCAUGUGUGUGUGUGUGCCCGCGUGCCACCUCCUCCAAUGAUGAUGUCCUCGACCGUCGUCGUCGGCAAGUAGCGGAACAAGCAGCGGAAGUAGCAGCCUUCGAAUUCGAAGCCCCGAAAAAGCUCUGGUCAAUCCGGUGUGACCAUCGUCGUACGUGUGUGUGCGUGUGUGUGUGUGCAAAGCAUCACAGCCACCCCCGAUCCCCCCCAACACCUUGCGCGGCUGAUCUCAGUGUUGAAGUUCCCAUUGAGCAUUCCCCACAUCCGAUCACCGUGGAGCAGCAAAGCGCGGUAUCAGCGGUGGCGGCGGCAGCGGCUGCGGCGGCGGCAGUGGCGGGCAACGCGGUCUGCGACAAGGUCCUAAAUAUUAUCAACAACAACAACAAUAAUAUUAUGGCCGCCGAUGCCGCCAUGGACACGACCUGCCCGAGCCCGGAGCUGGGCGACUCGCGCAAGCGCCCCCUGGACGAUGGCAUCGACGAUGGGACCUCCAAACGUUCCCACUUCAGCACGAACGCCACCGGAACCACCACCGCCACCACCACCACAACCACAUCCAAUGGCGGCGGUGGCGACAAUUACCACUUCAAAACCCUGGUGCCAUCGGUGGCCGCCGGAGCCAUCAUUGGCAAGGGGGGCGAAACGAUCGCCUCGCUGCAGAAGGACGCCGGAGCUCGGGUGAAAAUGUCCAAAUCACACGACUUCUACCCCGGAACGACCGAGCGUGUCUGCCUCAUUAGUGGCACGGUCGAUGGCAUCUUGACCGUGCUCGACUUUAUCAUUGACAAGAUCCGCGAGAAGCCCGACAUGACCAAGGCGCUUACCGAGGCGGACGCGAAGCAGGCCCAGGAGCGCGACAAGCAGGUCAAGAUCCUGGUGCCGAACUCGACCGCCGGCAUGAUCAUCGGUAAGGCCGGUGCGUACAUCAAGCAGAUCAAGGAGGAGUCCGGCUCCUACGUGCAAAUCUCGCAGAAGCCGAAAGACCUGACGCUGCAGGAGCGCUGCAUCACGAUCAUCGGCGAGAAGGAGAACAACAAAGUUGCAUGCAAGAUGAUCCUGGCUAAGAUCGUCGAAGACCCAUCAUCCGGCACCUGCUUGAACGUUUCAUACGCAGACAUCAACGGACCGGUGGCCAAUUUCAACCCCACUGGUUCGCCAUUCGCCGCCUCACAGACUCCCAAUUUCAGCUCCAGCACAGCAUCACUCAACUCCGCCAUCAGUGGGCCGCUGCCCAGCGCGACGGCGGCCGGUUUGCUGGUCAACGGCACCGGGCUCAAUCUGUCAUUAAACCUAGGUGCACCAUCACCACAAACUAAUCCUACAGUUACUACACAAUUGCUUGAUCAUAUUAAGGGUGCCAUGAGACAGUCCGGCUACUCCGAGACGGCUACGGGUGAGGUGCACGCGGCGCUCGGUGUGCUGGCCAAGUACGGUGUGCUCGGCAUCGGGGUCGGCCUGCAGAACGGUACGCACUCGACGGCGGCCGCCCUCAGCUACCUGGGGAUGCCGGAGAUGCAGCAGUCGUCGGCGGCGGCGGCCGCGGCGUCGGCCGCCUCCGGCGUGUACGGAGCCGUCGGCCAGCUUAGCCUCGAGUCGUACCUGCACGGGGCGGCGGGCACGGCGACGCCCCGCACCACCGCCAUGGAUCGCUACGAUCCGACCACGUUCGACCCGUUCCGCCAUCCGGGCACGCAGGCCGCCACCCCGAUCUCGAUCAACAACAACGCCUUCGGCCUCUCGAACCAGAGCGCCCUGAACGCGGCCGCCCAGACGCUCGGGUCGCUCAGCAAGAGCCCGACCCCGGCCGAGAUGACGACCAGCAAGGAGAAGAACGUCGAGAUCCCGGAGGUGAUCGUGGGUGCCAUCCUCGGACCGGCCGGCCGUAGUUUGGUCGAAAUUCAGCACAUAUCGGGCGCCAACAUUCAGAUCUCGAAAAAGGGCAUCUUUGCGCCGGGCACGCGCAACCGGAUCGUCACCAUCACCGGCCAGCCGAACGCGAUCAACGUGGCGCAGUAUCUGAUAGAGGAGCGCAUCAGCCAGGAGGAGACGAAGCGGGCCUGCCAAACGGCGGCAGCGGCGAAUGCGGCCGCAGCCAACAAAACAUCGGCCUCCGUGGCCACCGUAACGCAAUAGGGCUACGGGAAGAUGCCGGCCACAACAGUAGUAGCACAGCUGCCCGACGACGAUGCAGGUCCAGCAGCCGCCGUCGCUCUGACGGCGCCAGGCAGGAAAAGCCGCCCGCCGCCGCAGUCAGCCAUCGAUGAUUUGAUGAAGGCCAACAUUCAUCUGUACGUAGCGCAUCCGUUAAUCUGAGCUUGACCUCUCAGAAAGCGCAGUGUGAUAACCGGAAGGGAAUAAAACAUCACAUAGUAGGAAGAAGCAACCACACACAGAAAGAAAGCUUCUCCCCCCGUGUUCGUACGUUUGUUCGUUUAUUAGGUUUUUGUUUGUCCACGUUACAUUUUUCCCACAUUUUUCUGCACAUUCGAACGAACUCGACCGAAAGAAGGAAAGUGUGCGUGUUUACGUCGUAGUUCGUUUGUUGUCGCCACAUCACAGGGACGUUUCGAAAAGAUUGUUAUUCAUUUUAACCGCGCAUAACCGGCAUCGGCGGCGGUGCGCGCCAUUUUAGUUAGACAGCGGGUGCGGUAUAAAGGUUGAGUUUAAGGCAGUGCCACGGUUUAAAACUGGAGAAUGAGUUGCGAGCGAGGAAACACGGGAAACAAAACUAGGAAGGCACACUAUCGAAGAGGAAAUGUGCAAUGAUUUCGCGUUGUGAUAGCGGAAACGGAAAACCCGUAAUGGUGAAAAAUAAUUACAAAAAAAUUACCUUUCAUGCGUGCCGUCGUGCGUAUGGAUAAAAAAGAAGAGCAUAAAACUAGUUAUAUCUAAUGUUUGCAUGGUUGACCGAAACGCAGAGACAAACACACACACACACAAAAAACAAACAUAGUAAAGCAAAUAAUUGAAAUGAUCGUUAAGAAGUGGGCAAAGUAAUGAGUUAAGUAUAGUGUAAUCGUUAUUUUACUAGACUAAUCGAUCCGUGCGACUGCUACAUAAACAACACACAAACCCCCAGAGCACACACACACACACAAAUAUGCAGACGCAGUCAUGCAAUACACAACAUACACAAUUUUAACGAUCAGCAAAAGGCCGAUGACAAACGGGGACAUAAUCAAACCUUUUAGUCGUAGAAUUUUUGUACAGGAAGAAAAGAAGUUCUCAGCCAAGAAGAACCACGAGGGCUUAACGGUCCACGAAGCCAUGAGUUCAGUUUCGAAACGCAACCUAGGAGGACUAUGAAAAUGGCAAAAUCCCAUGCGUUAAAAUCGCAACGGCAUACCCAAUUCAAAGGUGUCAAAGCCUCCCAUCUCCAUGUGUGUGUGAUGCCGAGCCGGAGGGACACGGUCAACCCCGGCACGAAACCAGGACCACAUCGAACGAUAAGUGUUCCUUAAAUUAGCAAAAAUCAUUUCAUUAGUACCACAGUGAGCAGAGCGCGCCAUGCUUAGCCGGACUCUGUUACGAUUCCGUACACUUUUCACGUGCGCGGGCUAUAUUUUACACCCAGUUGUCCCACGGGAACAUUACGGGUCCCCAUGCCAGUUACGAAUACCAAAUCCUAGCCACACACACACACACACUACAUUGACAUCACUUUUCAUAUCGCUCUCCGGGUUGUGGCAAAAGAAUUGCAAACACGUUUCGUAAUCGUCGGCCGGAACCAUCGGCUGGAGGAGGCAGGAGCGGCGAUGCGUUCAGCGAUUUACCCGCCAUAGAUCACGAUCACGAAGCCAGAUGCUAAACCAUCACACAGAGUGUCUUAUUUUAUCGUAAACGUUAUUGUUUCUUCAACUGCUCCCCAGGGCGUCGGGAAUUGUGGAAUAAAUUGUGUUAACGAAAAGGGAAAUCCAGAAGCGGAACGCGCGAAAGGGAAUUUGAAAGCUGACGUUACAUUAGUGCCGUAGGUAGCUCUAGUUUGUUUUACCAUCUGUUGCCUGAAAUCCUUUAUUGUUAUUCCCUCAAUCGAAUCGGAAGCGAAUGAAGCGUAGCUCACCUCCGAUGUUUUACGUUUAGUUUUCGUUUGUUUUUCAAUCCUCGGAUGUUUUCCGGCGUUGUUUUAUCCUCCCCCCUUUUUCCGUCUUCCACUUUCUCGAAAGCCCACAAGUGACAUCGACAUCGAUGAAAGAACGCGAACACGGAUUCAGGCCAGGCCUAAAGAUUCAUUUCUAUCGUUUAACACAUUUACACCUUGUUUUAGUGUUCUAAGUGUAAACCACCAUCGUUGUGAAGAGUAGUAGAGGCAAAACGAAAGAUUUAAAGUACUGUUUAGCCACGUGCGGCCGGCGGCCCCCAUUUCUUGUUAGUUUUCCAUUCGGGGGGGUGAUGCACUAGGAUAAUGAGUACCAUUGAGGAAGGUCCGUUCGUAGCCCCAUCAUUAGUAGCCUCUCUGUCACAAACACGGCGAUCGGUUGGCUCCGGUUAAUGUUAAUGUUCUUGUGUUGGGUCAACUCAACCAAAAGCUGACGCGCUGACAAAUUCGUUUUACUUCGUUCGUUUUGCUACCCCAACAUAUAUCGCGGUAAGGCUAAGUGAGGGCGAUGGUUAGCUUAGGUUAGCAUAUAACUAUUAGUCCGAGGGUGUGUGUGUUAGCAGAAAAGUAUAGAUAUCUUAACCAAAACCAAAAAGACGAAUGCCCUGUCACGGGUACCACACACUAGACAGAGAGCGCGAUGAAUGUACACUACCGUGUUCACACCGCGCACAUAGCUUACACUCGAUGCGAGCUUCUCGACUCCCGGACGGCGACCAGCAACAGCAAUCUGGUGAAGAUUCUAACUUCUAACUUCUCGUCUGGUCUGGUCUCUGUGAGGAGGACUCCCCGAAAAGACAUGCUGAUUUUUACGUGCCACGCUACUGGGUGCCGUGGGUUCAUCUUCCAAGCGUGUGGCCGCACACCGUUUUGGUAGUUGCGAGCGACGUGAUCGAUAAAUUGUUCGUUUCGUUUUUCGUUUUUGUUUUGUUCUUGUGUGCACUAUUUAAAAUCGCAAAGUACAUUACCAUUUCCACACCACCACCGCCACGUGUCGCCACCGUUCGCAGGAUACUCUCGAUCGGGCGGAGUGUGGCACACCCCCCAAAAGUCAGGCUUCAUCUCCAUCGUGGCCGGCAACGGAAACGGGUACAGAGCGGGGUAGAUGGAGCGAUCGAGCGUUGGUUCUUGUAAGCGCGUAAAAAACAUCCCGACACCACAGGAGUAGUGCCUACACAGCGUGGCGCAGCGGAGUAUAUAGGUUUAGAAGUGUUCUUCGUUCCCAGUUACCAAAACCGAGCAUACCCAUCAAAACAACUAUUGGUUUCGUUUUGUCUGAAAGAUAAAAUAAUAGUUGGACGAAAAGUAUGUGGCGGAAGAAGUAUAAGUAAAGGACGGGUUAUUCUUUGCGCUUGCGUUCGCGCGAGUGAUCAACGCCAACGCGCGGUGCCGGAUGUUCGAAACAUCCGUUGACACCGCGUUUGUGUGACAUACAAAAAAAGUACGCUAGUUCCAAAUAACGUAGUCAAUCAGCAGUCACCGUCACCAGCGCACGGAAAGGAUCCGUGCGGAUGGCUAAACAAAACUCUUACCAUUAAAGCUACAACACCUUCUCCCCAUGUACGAUACACAUCACCAACAUACACACACAAACACGCACGAGCACACACACACACAUGAUACACAGAUUACGCAUGCAUUCACUCGUAACAUCUACCGUUCAACUGUGUUAUGUUUUAUUCAAAGUUUAUCUAUAUUUAUAGGAAAAAUAAUACAAACCAUGCAGAGCAUCGGAGAUGGUAGUAAACAAAAGCAUCACACACUCCGAUAGUUUUGAUAGUUGAAAGGGAAAACGCGUUGAAAGGAGAGCGGAAAAUGGUGAAGCGAAUAACGUGUGUAACGAGUUCGAAAAGAGUAAAAAGAGAAUCAAAUCCUUCAAAACAGGACAGGACAUAAGAAAAAAUCAAUCGUUACCGUUUUAUGACUGGAGUGGUAAUAAAUUAGUGGAGAAAGUGGUAAGGCCUGAUGUGAACACGGGACAGAGAGGCAAAACAGAUAGACGAAAGGGAUUUAUAAGAUCGAAAUGUAGAGAAAAUACAAUGAAUAUAAUGAGACAAUUUAUGGGAAGAGUUACCAACUAUAAACGGGAUUUAU